AUGGGCUCUAGUAACAGUGUCAAUAUCACUAUUAAUCUUGAUCGAUUGAAUCCAUUAUUUUACGCGGGUGAAUCAAUAUCAGGAACAACCACUGUAAAUAUGAAAGAAGGACAAGUCAAAAUCGACGAAAUAUUUCUUGUAUUGAAAGGCGAAACUGGUUAUACAACAACCCAUACUGUUCAUGACUCAAAUGGGUCAACAAGCACGGUGAUUGAUUAUCAUACAAUAUCUUUUUUUUCAGAAAAACAAAUCUUAGAAAGUUCAAGACCGGGAGAAAAAGAAUUAGUUUAUCAUGCUGGACAGCAUUCAUGGCGAUUCGAUAUUCAAUUACCAGCUCAACUUCCACCGACAAUUAAUGAAUCACACAAAUAUCCACAUGUUCGAUAUUAUUUAAAAUUUGUCAUCGAUAAACCUUGGUACAAACGAAAUAUCAAUGAAACUCUCUGGUUGACAGUAUUUCCACACAUCAAUCUUUUGAGUAGCCCAGAGUGUUUGAGGCCAUCAAUAUUUGCUAAUCAUAAUCGAAAACAUGUGACUCUGAAGGGAAAUAUAAAUAAGCUAGGUUAUGUACCUGGUGAGAUGAUUACGGGAACCUUAGAAAUUGAAAAUCCGGAAAAAAUUUUAUUGAAACAAAUUAAUUUAAAUUUGGUUCAGCACUACCAAAUUGAGUGUAAUAAGGGAAAAGAAAUAAUCGUUGAAACAAUUCUACCGACCAUUGUUAAUAGAAAACAGGAGAACAUAGUGGAAAAAUUUUCUGUACUUAUUCCACUUGCACAUAUGGCUCCAUCGUAUACAUUUAAUGGCGGUUUUCAGCAUACGACUAAUGUUCUUGUCAAUUACUUUCUAGAAUUUGAUGUUAAAGCUGAAGGCAUGUUUACAAACUUCGAUACCAGUAUACCCAUUACAAUAGGAACUGAAUCCGAUACAAAACCAAAUCAGUAUCCGCUCAAUCGCGAACAUAACUUGUUACCUAAUUCUCUUUCUUAUUAUCCAGAAACAAUCAUGCAUGACGAAUAUCCUCCGCCAAGUUAUUAUUCUAUUUCAAAUUGA